AUGUGUUGCUGGACUGUGGAGGCACUGCUACUGACCCUGGCUGGACUGCAGACAGUUAUGGGAAAAGGACACUGGUGCGAACACACAAUACAGCAAAAAGUGGAUCGGGUCCUGACCCCGCGCCUGCAGCUGGAGGUGAGCUGCUCUGAAGUUUACCAGUAUAACACCCAAGGCUGGAGGCUGGAUGUGGAGUCCAUGAGGUCGAAGCAUGGCGGCGAUGAUGGCAUAGCGCUCUACUACCAACAGCACGGUCUCAAGGCACUCUGCUCGUUGUACAAACUGCCAGUUAUGGAAAGCCAAAUGUUGAACAAGACAGUGCGAGCAUGCUGUGAAGGGUGGAGUGGACAGCAGUGCUCAGAUGGUGUAGGAACGCAUGGGCAGUGUUACUCCACCUGGAGUUGUGCAGAGUUCCCUGGAGUCCACAACGCCUCCCUAAUGACGAUGGAGCAGUGCUGCGGCAGCCAGUGGGGAUUAAGUUGGAGGAAUGCCUCGGGCCAGACCUGCUUGUCCUGCACUUACACUCUCCUGCCAGACUCGCAGUUCUCCCCGCUAGUACGUGGGGGUCUUCUCAGUAGCGUGAGGACGCCUCAAGGCUCAGCCACCUGCAUGUCCUGGGGUGGAUCCCACUAUCGCACUUUUGACAAGAAGCACUUCCACUUCCAGGGUAGCUGCACUUACCUGCUAACCUCAUCCACCGAUGGGACCUGGGCGAUCUACAUCAGCACGGUCUGUGCCAGUGCAGGAGACUGCAGUAAGGCUCUGAAGAUGAUGAUGGGUCUUAACUUAGUUACGAUUCACCACAGGAAUUUAACCCUCAACAACUUUCACGUUCCAAAUGGCGAACCCCUGUUUCAAAAUGGAGUGAGUAUCCACUGGCUUGGAGAUUAUGUGUUUGUGGAGAGUGUUCUCGGGGUGAGGGUGAAGUUUGACCUGGUCAACAGUGUCUAUGUGACAGUAACGUCUGAGCAUCUGGCAGCCACUAGGGGGCUUUGUGGAAUCUACAACAACAACCCAAACGAUGAUUUCACCACAAUGGGAGGAAUUGUGUCCCAGUACGCUGCUAGCUUUGGCAACUCAUGGAAAGUUCCUGACCAGCAGAAUGAAGUACUGCACCAAAGACAUUGA